UCUCGUUUUCUUCGGUGGUAUCGCCAACCCUCGGUAGCGUGUAAAUUGAUGUCCGAUUACCAUGGGUGUCAGGGUGUCAGAAAAGUUAUGAUAUGCAUCCAAAGGUUGCUUCGCGUUCAUAUUUACAAUGUGAAAUAACACGACGCUGAACCGUAUCCAAAUUUGGAGGACCUUCCAGAGCUCCAAGAUGACGAGAGCUGUGCUUCUGUUAUGGAUUUUGGUUCAAAUGUUAGAGUUUAUCGGCAGCUAUGCUUGUCCAUUGCGAUGUUUCUGUAGACGCAUUGGUGCCCAAUCGGAAUGGUUAAAAGUCAAAUGCGAAAGUGGUCUUCACGAGAUUAAAGAAAUUGAUAUUAGUGGAGUCAGCGUGGAACUAGUUCAACUGGAUUUAAGUAAAAAUGAAAUCUAUCUCAUAGAAUCUGAAGUGUUGAAAAACUUAACCAAUCUGAGGCGCCUAAAUUUAUCGGUCAAUAAAAUCAGUUCUAUAGAUGAAGGAUCUUUUCAAGGGCUCCAAAAUCUUGAAAGAUUAGAUUUGAGUAGAAAUCAAAUUACCACUAUUGAUGCCCAUGCAUUCAGGCAGCUGACAAAACUCAAAAGACUUGAUUUAUCAGGGAAUAAAUUAAGCGCCAUGGAGACAACCUUAUUUCAUGAUUUGCUGGUUUUAGAUCGCCUCAAACUCAAUCAAAAUGUCCUGACUACUUUAAAAGAUGGUACAUUUUAUGGGCUCAAUUCUUUGAAGCAGUUAGAUCUAUCUGGAAACCCAUGGGCAUGCGAUUGCAACUUAUACUGGUUUAGUAAUUGGAUCAGAAAUUCAUCUGUUAAAUUAAGCCCAGCACCCAAAUGCUCCUCGCCAGAAAAUCUCAAAGGGCAGCCCAUGAAGAAGCUGCGACUUUCAGAGGAGAUUCAGUGUCAGUUGGCCACACCAACAAUCGAGAUGAUGCCAGAUCAAAAUCAAGUUGUUUUUGCUGGAGAUUCCAUACAGAUGAAGUGUCGAGCUCCUGGCAUUACGGAGGAUAAAACUGCAAAAUUGAAUUGGCUAUGGAAUCCGAUUACCGCAGACACUCGUGACAUUGAAAACUACACAAAUCCUGAAACAAGUUUACCCAAUAUCAAAGUUGAAAACAGAAAUCUUACGGACAGUGGUAUUGUCGAUAGCUUACUUACUAUCCUCCCAUUCAAAGAUGAGCACAAUGGGCAAUGGCAUUGUCAGCUAGUUUCAGUGCAUGGCAAUCGGUCAAAAACGAUCACUAUAAUUGUUAUUUCCGAGGACACUCGUUAUUGUCCAUUAGCAGUAACGAGGAACAACAAAGGUGUGUACUCUUGGCCCAGAACUAUUAUUGGUUGGAGGGUAGAGCUACCGUGUGAAGGUAAUGGACUAUCUGGCCCAAUGCAGUUGUCUCUACAAGCGUCGUAUCAAUGCAAUCAAACCGGGCAGUGGGAAACGUUGAACACAGAAUCCUGCCCAUAUGUAUCUCAUACAACAAAAGUUUUGGAACAAUUUUCAAAAGUUAAUUUAUCACUGACUAAAGGCAGUCUCUUAGAAACAGCAAAGAGCUUUAAAAACUAUACAGCUGACAGUAGCAAGUUGACGGACCCAGUAGAAAUUAAUUUCAUAACUCUUACAAUUGAAAACUAUUUGCAGUUUUUGGUGCAAGAGAAAGAACUUGGUGCAAUGCUCGUCGAUAUUGUCAAUGUGGUAAUGAAGUUACCUAAAGAGAUGCUGAAAAUUGCUGAAGUUAAUUAUCUCGCAUGCACAAGACUGGUAAAAGCUAUUGAAACAAUAACUGAAUUUACACCGUCUAUACAAUCACACCAAAAAAAUAUGGCUUUGGAAGAGUUUAGAGUGAAACGUGAAAGUUUUACUGGUUUGACGUGCACCUGGUACAGCAGUAAUGUAUUAGCCAGUGAUUCAGAUAUCAGGCUUUUACAUUGUGCUACAAAUAACAAGACGGCGCUCAUCAAUACCAAGGAUAAGGUUGUUGAAGCCUCUAUUCAACUACCUGCAUCAUUGCUACGGAAUUUGGAUGGUGUUACAGUGGCUCACCAGCUCAUGGUUUCUAUGUACAGUGACAAUAGAUUAUUCCCCAUUGUUACGGGAAAUCAUAAAAUGGAUAUUUCGUCCUGUGUUAUUGGCAGCAAACUAAUUGGUGUACAAGUAGCUAACUUGACAGAGCCAGUAUAUGUAACGUUGAAAGCACCACAAUACCAUUAUUCUGGAAGUAGGCCCCGACCAGUAGUAUGGGAUUUUGGAGAUCCCAGAGGGUGGACUAGCGAUGGGUGUUAUUUAUCACAGUUGGUGAAUAAUCUCAUAGUAUUCCAUUGUGACCGACUUGGUUAUUACGGACUGCUGCAAGACUCUAGUUUCCUGAAGGACAAUGAGCGCAUGGCAAGGGCAAAAUUCAAAUUUUCUCACCCAGCAAUUUAUGUAGGAAGUUUUAUUGCCAUAAUAUGUUUGGCGUGUGCAUCUGUCACUUAUUUAAUUUGCCACACAUCGAUUAUGAUGCCGAAAAAAGUUAAACACUGUCUGGUCAACACCUGGGUAUCAAUAGCUCUUCUCUGCUUCUUGUAUACGGCAGGAAUUCAACAGACGGAAAACAUCUAUGUUUGCCAGAGUAUUGGAUUAACUCUGCAUUAUUUAUCCUUGUGUGGUUUACUCUGGAUGUCUGUUUCUGCCAGCAAUAUGUACAAACGAUUAUCCAAGUCCGAUUUGGAUGUUGUGGCGGAUGACGAACUGCAGGAUCAGCCGAUUCAGAAACCAUUGCUUGGAUUAUACUUGGUUGGAUGGGGAAUUGCUCUCAUUAUCUGUGGAAUCUCGGGAGCUAUAAAUCUUCGAGAAUACGCAAGUUAUACUCAUUGCUUUUUAACUUCCGGUCCUGCUCUUGCAGCAUUGUUUGUGCCUGCAGUAAUCUUGGUCGUUUAUUUAAUAAUACUCUAUUUAUUGAUACGAUGUGCAAUUAGAAAUAUUGAUCAGAACGCACAACUCUCUGAGGGCACUCAGGCUACAGAAAAUAUGGAUUUGGAAUUACUUGAACCAAAUGUUAAUGCAACAAAUGAUAGAAAUAGUAUGCAAAGUGCACAAACUGCGUCUUCCGAAGUUGAAGAUUUAGAGCACUCCCAAAUAACACAGCUCAAAGGACAAAUGAUAGUAUUAAUUUUAUAUCUAAUCACGUGGGUCUCUGGAGCUUCUGCCGUAGCAAAGCCUUUGAUUCCAUAUAUCGCUCACGAGGCAGCUAUAUUCAGCAUUAUAUAUACGAUUUCAUCGAGCAGUUUGGGAUUAUUUAUUCUCUUUUUCUAUGGCAUAGCUCGAAGCGAUGUACGUUUUCAAUGGUUACGUAUGCGUUGCUGGCUCAAAAAAAGAAAAAAUAGAUGUUGUAGGACUAGAAGUGUAUCAGACACCAAUCCCGUAGUCCCCUCACAACCACUCGUUCAGAGUUUAGCACCAGUUUCAAUUUCUCAAGCUACCCAAGUAAUGUCAGAUACCAAUUCGAAUAAUUCGUCAAGGCAUACGAAUAAAUCUCGUAAUUCGAACUUGACAAAAGCCGUUGAUCUCAACGCUAUGGACGCAACGACCGCUGCCAAAAUAGCUAACGUUAACCUGGUUGUCCUACACCGGCAGCAAUACAGGUCCAAUAAUUCCGUAACUACAUACACAGAACCUACUCUUGCGUCAGUGGAAAUGUUCUACAAUCCACAUCAGAGUGGCGUGGCUAGAAAAUUUUUCAAAAAGCAGAGGAGGCAUACCAAAAAUAGUAAUUUGGGCCCUCGAAAACAAGGCGAUGGCGGAGCUACUAGCGACGGUGGCAGUUGUAUCUCUUUACCAAGACCUGCUAGACUGGAAUCAAACAUUGAAAAAAGUAUAUUCAGUACAAGUGCUAAAGUAAACAAUACCAAUAUCCACGUUGAGUUAAAUCCUGUAAAUGGCAUUAAAAAUGUGAACAUUUUGUCUGAUAGUGGAGGCAGUAUUUCUGAAGAGCGCAACAUUCCAAUGCGCUUUGUAAUUGGGCAAGAAAAUUUGAUUCGAAAUGCAAAGAAAAUGAACAAUGAUGGUCAAAACAGGGAAUUGGAUAGUUGUACAAUUUCACCAAGAAACACUCCCCAACAUAAACAACAGUACACUAAUACUAGCUUGAAUAAUUCAGAUGGCGAGAGUAAAGUUGAAAUGGAAAAACAUCUCAGAAACGUCUCACAACAAUGCAGUUUAGAAUAUAGUUCUGAAAUUGAGUCGACACAAAUGACUAGUGAGAGAAGUGAUCAUAAUCUUCCUGAAAUCGGUGAAACGCUAGAGCAAUCUGACAAAAACUUUCAGUGUUCAAGUGCGAAUGAAAUGAGUGACUUAGACGAACAACAAACAAACUCACGUUUCGAAUUGCCAAAAAAAUUAAAUUGCUCCAACAGCUUAUAUUGCUUGCCAAUAGAUCAUCUGAUAGAGGCAAGAAACUAUCAUCGCUCUUUAAAUGAUGUUACGUCUGUAACCAGUUCUAGGCAGUGUGGUAACGAAUAUUCUAGACCUUCAAUGAUGGAUUUACAAAGCAUAACAAGUUCCCACUUGUAUGACCAAGUUCAUAACUCACAGCAAAUGAUUAGCCGAUCCCAGCAAUCGCUCAUUGAAGUAAAUAGCUUAAAUAGUGAGAAUACGUAUACACAAGUACAGGAUGUGCCAACCUACGCUACUUCCUUAUUAGAUAUCAGCAAUGAUCAUGAUUUUAGAUCUCUGGGACAUUUACAGAUUCAGAAUGUGAACGGUGGCAGUAGUUUUAGUACAUCGCCAAAUAAAAUGGAAGAAUAUCUGAGCAAGGAAUUCAAUUCUCUUAAUGAUCUAACGUUUAUCGACAAUUCCCUGUUCUCUGAUAAUGUUUUUCGAUCUUCAGAAGCUGAGGAUAGUGAAAAAGUUGAUGAGAGAGAGGAAAAUUUUAAUGUUGGACAAGCAUUUGUCGACCUGAAUACCGAUGACGAAAUAUACUCUGAAAGUUCUCCUUAUUCCGAUACUGUUAAAAAAGAAACGAGCGUGUGAGUCUCAAUUAAGAUUUAAAAUUUAUCUUUGCGGUCACAUAAUUAUUGGAAACCAUCUAGUGCAGGAAGUAGAAAACGUGAUAAUCAUUACCUUUGAUAUUACGUGAUAUCAAACAUAUUAUUAGGUAGUAAAAUAUAUUUUGAGCCAUUUCAAAUAUUAAUGUGCCUCAAUUAUAUGUGGAAUUAAGAAAAUGGUUCCGUUAAUUAUGUUCAUUGCCAUCUAUCAGGUAUAAAUUUUAUCAAACCUUAAAUUACUUGGAAUCAAGAAAUUUAUUAGGAGUGUUUUGAAUAGCUCAGUUCAAUGGGUUUUGAAUCAACAGAUCAACAAAAAGUAUGCAUACUUUUAAAUUAAUACUCGAUAUAGACAGAUUCUUUGUACAGCUGUUAAUAAAUCAUUUUUCAGGCAUAGAUUUCCUGCACUGACAUCCACAUUUUACAAACAAAAAUCGAAAUACGUACCUUAUUAUAAUAUUCUCCGAAGAAUCUUCCAAUAAUGUGCCAAUAAUUCGGUAACAAGUCGAUUAUGUGAUUCUAUAAUUGAAAAUCAAAUUAUCAUUCAUCAAAACUACAACUUAUGGAAUCACAUCCGCUUAUUCUUAUUACGUACCAUGUGCUAACUGCUCUGCCCAUUUAUAUUAGGUUUUUGUUUUUAUUAUUGAUGAGUAUUCCACUCAUAUGUAUUUAUUCAAGUGAUCUGACGUUGUAAAUAACAAAAAAUUAUUCUGACCCUAUUGGUUAUUAUUUUAUCAUUUUCUAGUGCCCUUAUCAUGACAUGAUAUUUAUAGUCAAUAAAACGUAUUAAUAUGUAAUUGAUCGACACAGAUAACGCCAUUUUAAUGUAAACUUUGUUGUACCAAAUUAAUACUUUCAGAAAAGACGUGACUAAGUUUAUUUUGAAUUGCCAAAAUAUAGGCAGCGUUACUUGCAGGACUGUAUCAAAUGAUCUCAAAACGUUACGUUUCUCUAUUUGAAUUUCUAAUCAAUUAGAAAUACAAACAAUUUCGACUUAUUUUUGAAAUAUAAAUGACAGUGCGAUUUCUCCAUAAAACAGAGUUGAACGUUGGCACGUUCGUUAUUCAUAAUUCAAAGUUAAAUUUAUGUACAUGUAAAUGGAAUACAAUGACUUGUUUUUCUAUAGAAAAAACAUACUCAAAUUAUGUAAAAGCUUACACUAUAAUUAUAUGAUCCUACAUAUCCUGCUUUUAGUGACAUUAGUUGCAGAUUAUAUUGUAAAUAAUUUGUACUUUUCAAAUAAAUGAAUUUACCUUAACUGUAAAUAGAGACUCGAGUGAUUCUAGAUAAAUUAGUAUCAUUGAAUAUCAGUAACCAUUUUAUAUCAAAAUUACAUUACCUACGGUGUAAUUUUUCGACUACAAUUCAUAGAGGUGUCAACAGAUCUGGAUUAGAAAUAGGUUUCUAAGUGUCCUCGAAUAUACUUUGUACAUUCAUCUAUCUGCUUAGUGAUUCACUUAGUUUACUUAUAUCAAAUGUUGUUUGAACAAUUUCAUGUAAUAGGUAGUCUCAAUAAGUUCAUCGCUGCUUUCAAUCAUUUAUCAGACAUACAAUAGAGAAAUGCUAGACAAUGGGCAUCACGUGUCAACAGUUGAACUGAAUUUUAACUUGACCAAGUUGUGUGACAUUAAACUUUUAUCAUGUUACGUAAAUUGUUUUAUGAAUACCACUUGAUGUUCAAGGUGCUCCUGGUCAGUAAAUAUAUUUUGCACUAUUUUACAUGAUAAGCUAGAUGGGUUCUAUUAUGCUCAGUGUUCGCUACUAUCCAGUCCUCUUCUAACUCAUGAACAGUUGAAGAGUGCUGAGCUUAGCAAUAGUAAUAUUCUAGGUAUACCAUCAAUAAGAUAUACAAGUUCAAAUAACUUAAUUAAAGAUGCACAUUGUUGACUUUGUUGGGCUUCAAUGAUAGCAUUGCUCAAGUUAUAAAUAGCCAGUGGUUCUCAGUUUUGAAUAAAAUAAUUCACGAUGCAAUAUUAUCGAGUUUCAUGGUUCUAUGUAGUAGUAAUUUUAUAUUUAACAAAAUUAACGAAACAAGAUGAACC